GCCCGUUAAAAUUCAAAUGACCGUUAUGAUUCGAGAACCAGUUUUCUCCACGGUUCGAGCCGCUCAAGAUGGCGCUAGACUAUUCUUGGAUGUGGAUUUGCGCCGCUUAUGUCGAUGGUGCAUCGUAGGACCAGCAUCUCCUUAAAACAAGAGUUGCUCCCAAGAGUCAACUAUAACAUCCAAGGCUUGGCCCAGUACUCCAAUUGCCACUAUUCAGGAUGAUAUUGAGGUAUCUACGAAACAUUGGGGGCCUCCCUCUUCUCCUUCUUGCCCUAUGCCUCUUGAUGGGGACAACCACUGCCUCAGUGGGUGACAGGCUGCCGGAGUUUCGGAAAUGCUUAGAGGUGUGCAAAGCAGAGAACUGCAAGAAUGGCGACUCCUCCGUUGCUCUCUUCCACCGCCUGCUCCUCUGGACCUGCCCUGCCGAAUGCGACUACACCUGCCAGCAUAUAAUCACCGACAUGCGCGUUUCUUCGGACCCCCCCCUCCCCAUCGUCCAAUUCCACGGCAAGUGGCCCUUCCACCGCAUCCUCGGCAUGCAAGAGCCUUUCUCCGUCAUUUUCUCCCUCCUCAACUAUGCCGCGCACUACCAGGGCCUCCACAAGAUCCGCAAGUUCAUACCAGAAUCCUACCCGCUGCGCAAAUACUAUGUCAACCUCGCAUACGUCGGCAUGGUUAGCUGGAUCGCCAGCUCCAUCUUCCACACCCGAGACUUCCAGUUGACGGAGGAACUGGAUUACUUCGGCGCCGGCGCGAACGUGCUCUACGGCCUAUACUACACCCCCGUCCGCGUCUUCCGUCUCGACAAGGGCGGCGCGCGGGCGAAGAGCGUAGUUCGCGCCUGGACGACGCUGUGUAUUCUCCUGUUCCUGGCACACGUCACGUAUCUGAAGUACUACUCGUGGGACUACACGUAUAACAUGGCUGCGAACAUCGCGGCGGGGAUCCUGCAGAAUGCGAUGUGGACGUGGUUCUCUAUCACGCGGUAUCGGGAGUCGAAGCGCAUGUGGGCGGUGUGGCCGGGGAUUGUGGUAGCCUGGGUCAUGAUUGCGAUGAGUUUGGAGUUGUUGGAUUUUCCGCCGAUAGGGGGGCAUUUGGAUGCACAUGCGUUGUGGCAUCUGGGGACGGUGUUUCCGACUGUGUUGUUUUAUAACUUUUUGCUCAAAGACUCGCAAAAUGAUAAGCCUUCAACCUGGCGGUUGAAGGCUUAAUAGGGGGCAGGUUUGAGUCUUAAAAGUUGGAAUCUAUUGUGGCGUCGCUUCAUUGGAGCUUAAUUAAGAUACCCAGGAAUACCAUUAAAUAAUAUACAAUAAUCGUGCAAGCCACC